CACCCCAAAUCCCCCAUUUCCUCCUUCCCCACCCCAGGCAUAGAAGAACACGACGCCGAGGGCCGCGUCCUGACGGCCGAAUUCCCUUCUUUUUACAUCGUUUCCGCCUACGUCCCCAAUUCAGGCCGGGGUUUAACCCGCCUCCAAUACCGCCAACGUUGGGACGAAGCCUUUAAAAGUUUCCUUUUGGGCUUGGAUUCCCAAAAACCCGUGGUUCUUUGCGGGGAUCUGAACGUGGCCCAUCAAGAAAUCGACCUCAGGCACCCGAAAAACAACCGACGUUCGGCCGGUUUCACCCAAGAGGAGAGGGAUGGAUUCGGGGCUUUGCUCGACGCCGGCUUCCUGGAUUCGUUUCGGGAGCUUUACCCCAAUUUACCCCACGCUUACACCUUCUGGACCUACAUGGGGGCGGCCAGGGAACGCAACGUGGGCUGGAGGUUGGAUUAUUUCCUGCUGUCCAAGAGGUUGGGGUCGGCGCUGUGCGAUUCCAAGAUCCGGUCCACGGCCAUGGGAAGUGAUCACUGCCCCAUUACUCUUUACCUGGCUGUGUAGGCAGGAAAAGACCCCAAUCCCAACCCAAAUCCCAUUAACGGAACCCAAAAUCCCAUUGCUCGACUCCAAAUCCCGUUAACUUGACGGAAAAUCCCAUUAUCGUGACGGAAAAUCCCAUUAUUGUGACCCAAAACCCAACUGAGUUGACCCAAAACCCAACAAAGUUGACCCAAAAUCCCAAUAACUCGACCCAAAAUCCCAUUAACUUGACC